AUGAUUCUGGCUGCGCGCUGUGAAUACUUCCGCGCCCUGCUCUACGGGCCCUUGGCCGAGUCAAUGGAACGCCCAAUACCGCUGCCGCAGGUGCCGUUGGAGGCCUUCAAGGUAAUCCUCUGCUAUCUUUAUUCGGGAGAGCUAAGAAUCCCGAAGAUGAACCUGGAUGCCAGCGUCAAAGUACUAAGUCUGGCCAAUAUGUAUUGCUUAGCGGAAGUCGAGUCAGUCGUAACGAAACAUAUGAUUCAGAAUCUGAAGACCAGCAACGUUUUAAUGGUCCUGGAUGAAUCACGCCGAUACAAUCUGAACGAAUUGGCCAAAGAGUGCCUCAAGCUCGUGGACCGCAAUUCGUCCGAUUUGCUAAAACACUAUUCAUUCCGAGUGCUGUCGAAGGAGUCCCUUGAGGAAGUGCUGAGGCGGGACACCUUCGUUGCUCCCGAGGUGGAUAUCUUUGAAGCUGUGUAUAAAUGGAGUCUCCUCAAUGCGGACGUGGACAUAAAUUCGGUCGUAUCGCUCGUGCGCCUCCCGCUCAUGACGGUCGAGCAUCUGUUGCGUGUGGUGCGUCCCACUAGAAUCGUCGAGCCGGAAAAACUACUCGACGCGAUCGCUAGUGGGAUCGCCCCGGUGAAUCUGCCAUACCGUGCCGUAGUGUGUCCAGGGGUGGAUGUUACCGCCUCCGAAAAGCAUACGUACCGGUGGACAAUCAACUGCAAUGAGCUGUCGAUCGAGCUGAGUUGCUGGGAUAAAAUCAACACACUUCAUAUUCUGGGUACAUACGAUCAUACAGUCAACGCGCUAAGUUGCGCCGCGGAGGUCUCUUGCGACAGGAUUCACUGGGAACGAGUGGGAAAUGGCAGAUUUCAACUAUCGCAGACGUGGCAGAUCAUCCGUUUCCCCGCACAGGCGGUUCGCUUCGUUCGGAUCGUGCAUCCAGAGACCGGACGCAAAGAUUUGAUAAACUAUGUUAUGCAGCUCAAAGCCAUCCUAGAGGACACUGUGCCCGAAGACCGAGUUGGCCAGUGCUUGACAGUGGAGACUCCGGUGUAA